UAGUUGUAGCUUUAUUCAGUCAUUAUAUAUCAUCCUGGACCGUGCUGAGCUUGUGUGGUAUUCUGACUGUAGCUGCUUUAAGUUGCUGAUCUAGUAAAUUCUUUAUUUUGGUUGACUCAUCUCACCACAUCAGGAUGGACCAUCAUGACUGGCAGAGAGGGAGAAGCAGAGGUCACAGGCACUAUGAUGAUGAUGAUGAGGCUCAGCCAGUCUACAUUGGUGUUCCAGUUUCUCACAGAAGAAAAAGGCGCAGACAUCACUCCUAUGCCAGCAAUGCUGACCGUGAAGCACGUCACUCACACCAUGACCAUCACACACACCACGAACACUCACAUCAGGGGUAUUACCACGACAGAGAGGAGCACUAUGACGACGAUGAGGGCAGUACAGAGAGCCAUGAACCUGUGGACCCCACAGUGUCACCUGCAGCUGAACGGUUGCGCCACAUACUGGGAGAAGAUGACAGCACCCCGACACCCACAAUAUUCACCGAGAUGGACACACUCCAGCAUGAGGGGGGUGAAUUAGAGUGGAAAGAGUCUGCGAGGUGGGUGAAGUUUGAAGAGAAAGUAGAAGAAGGAGGAGAAAGAUGGAGCAAGCCUCAUGUGUCCACGCUGACCCUCCACAGCCUGUUUGAGCUCAGGACCUGCCUGCAGACAGGAAGCAUCCUCCUGGAUCUGGAGGGCUACUCGCUGCCACAGAUCGUGGAUGAGAUCGUGGAUCGGCACAUAGCUGACGGACUCCUCGCUCCAGACCUGAAAGAAAAGAUCAGCUAUGUGUUGCUCAGAAAGCAUCGCCACCAGACUAAGAAACCAAUCCACCGCUCGCUGGCAGACAUAGGAAAGUCCUCCAAUGCUGCUUCCAGCCGUAGUCCUCAGGUUAAUCUGAGUCGUAGUACUAGUUCAGCUUCUGGGAUCCACCGCUCCACAGAAGACCUACGCUCUCGGCAGUCAAGCAGCCUUGGCCGCCUGCAUCAAACCCAGAGCCGAAGCAUGAAUGAUAUUUCAGAUACGCCGAGCACAGACCAGCUGAAGAAUAAGUUCAUGAAGAAGAUUCCUCGAGAUGCUGAGGCUUCCAAUGUCUUAAUUGGUGAGGUGGACUUUCUGGAGAAACCCUUUGUUUCCUUUGUCCGUUUGUCUCAGGCCACGACUCUGGGAGGCCUGACUGAGGUCCCAGUGCCGACCAGGUUCCUCUUCAUCCUGCUGGGUCCUCCUGGAAAAACCAAGUCCUACAAUGAGAUUGGCAGAGCUAUUGCUACGCUUAUGGUGGAUGAUCUGUUCAGUGAUGUUGCAUAUAAAGCAAGGGACCGUGAUGACCUGAUAGCAGGUGUUGAUGAGUUUUUGGACGAGGUGAUCGUCCUUCCUCCAGGGGAAUGGGAUCCUAAAAUCCGCAUUGAACCUCCAAAGAAAGUUCCAUCUGCAGAAAUGAGGAAGUCAGUGCUGAACCUGAAUGAGCUGGGUCAGAUGAACGGCUCAGCUGGUGGGGCAGCAGGAGGAGAAGAUGAGGACCUUCCAGCUCAACAUGAACUGGGAGAGGAGCUGAAAUUCACUGGGAGAUUUUGCGGUGGAUUAUGGUUGGACAUCAAAAGGAAGCUCCCUUGGUAUUGUAGCGAUAUCUACGAUGGCUUCCAUAUCCAGUCCAUCUCUGCUGUGCUGUUCAUUUACUUGGGCUGCAUCACCAACGCCAUCACCUUCGGAGGACUGCUAGGCGACGCAACUGAUAACUACCAGGGUGUGAUGGAGAGUUUCCUGGGCACUGCUCUGGCAGGGACAGUGUUUUGUUUAUUUGGUGGGCAGCCUCUCAUCAUCCUCAGUUCUACCGGACCCAUUCUCAUCUUUGAAAAACUGCUUUAUGAAUUUAGCAAGAAUAAUAGCAUAGACUACAUGGAGCUGCGUCUGUGGAUCGGCCUUCACGCAUGCUUCCAGUGUUUUGUGCUUGUUCUAUCGGAUGCCAGCUACAUCAUCAAGUACAUGACCCGCUUUACUGAGGAGGGGUUCUCCAGCCUCAUCUCCUUCAUAUUCAUCUCAGAUGCCAUUAAGAAGAUGGCCGGAGCCUUAAAAUAUUACCCAAUCAACCGCGGCUUCAAACCUGAUUACAUCACAUCUUACAAGUGUGAAUGCAUCGCUCCAGACCAGGCAUCUGUUUUGGGCUUGAAUGUUUCAGCUCCAGUCGCAGAUGAUAACAUGACUCUACUGUUUAACUUGACAGACAUGGACUGGACUCAGCUCAGUAAGAAAGAGUGUGAGAAAUAUGGCGGCGCACUGGUGGGAAACGCCUGUAAGUAUGUUCCCGACCUGGCCCUUAUGUCCUUCAUCCUGUUCUUUGGCACCUACUCCAUGACUGUUUCUCUCAAGAAGUUCAAGUUCAGCCGCUACUUCCCAACAAAGCUCCGUUCCCUGAUUAGUGAUUUUGCCAUCAUCAUUUCUAUCCUGAUCUUCUGUGGACUGGACUGCCUGUUGGAGCUGGAAACCCCCAAACUGCAUGUGCCUACUGAGAUCAAGCCGACACGCUCUGACCGUGGCUGGUUGGUGAUGCCGUUUGGUAAGAACCCCUGGUGGUGGUAUGUGGCCAGCUUCAUCCCUGCUCUCCUUGUCACCAUCCUCAUCUUCAUGGACCAGCAGAUCAGCGCUGUUAUUGUCAACCGCAAGGAAAAUAAACUUAAGAAAGGUUGUGGCUACCAUCUGGACCUCUUCUGGGUGGGUAUACUCAUGGCGGUGUGUUCCUUCAUGGGUCUGCCCUGGUAUGUCGCAGCUACCGUCAUCUCGAUUGCUCACAUAGACUCUCUGAAGAUGGAGAGUGAGACCAGCGCCCCUGGAGAGCAGCCCCAGUUCCUCGGAGUCAGGGAGCAGAGACUGACAGGCAUUUUGGUGUUUGUCCUGACUGGACUGUCCGUCUUCCUUGCUCCUAUCCUUCAGUACAUUCCCAUGCCAGUCCUCUAUGGAGUCUUCCUUUACAUGGGAGUAGCCUCAUUAAGUGGAAUCCAGUUCUGGGAACGUAUCAAACUGUAUCUGAUGCCACUAAAACACCAACCUGACUUCUCAUUCCUGCGUCAUGUUCCUCUGAGACGUGUCCAUCUCUUCACCCUCGUCCAGAUCGUCUGUCUCGCUGUCCUCUGGAUCCUCAAGUCCACAUUCCUGGCUAUUAUCUUUCCAGUAAUGAUCCUGGGUCUGAUGGUUGUGCGGAAGCUGCUGGAUCUAAUGUUCUCUCAGCAUGACUUGGCCUGGCUGGAUGACCUCCUGCCCGACAAAGAUAAGAAGAAGAAGGAGGACGAGAAGAAGAAGAAGAAAGAGAAGAAGGCAGCAGAACCGGAGAGCGAUGAGGAGGAGAUGAACCCGUACUCAACUGUCACGUCCGAUCAAAAUGAGCUAGACCGCAGCAUCACCUUGCACCUGAAGAUCUCCUGCCCCCCCUCACCUGCCCGAUCCCAGAUGAGCCUUGCCCCCGGGGACGCUCCUGCACACUCUCCGCCGCCGCCACAGCUUCCACCCGUGCCCCAGGUCCGCGUCCAGGUGGAGUCAGACUACGAGGAGUCUGACUUCUACUCCAAGAAACACCGCCUCUGCCCCCCUAAUAAUGAGCAUCCACCUGAAAUACACAGAGACUUCUACCAUAAACUGCGGGCUCACUUUGAGGACUCCUGUGCAGAAACGGUCCUGUAGACAGACCCCCAGACAGACCCCUUAAACUCAACACACACACAGAAGGAGGGUGCAUAGUGUUGCAUAGUCAUAACCAAUAUCUGUUAAUAUUUCAUUCAAGCAUUUAUGGAUAAUCUACAGCCUUAAAAGCAUACACAAAGUGGAUUCCUAAUGAAAAGUGUCUGUGCUUUAAAAAGGCCUCAGUGUUAAAUAUGAGUAUGAAGCACUCUACAGUGUAAGGGUCUUUUUUUUUUUUUUUUUAACAGUUACUUGUGCAAACUGGACAGAAACCAAUAUGCAUCUGUAAAAUGUAAUGCCAAUGUUUGUACAUUUGUCCCACCUCAGUUCUCAUAUCUGUGAAUUUGUACUGGUACUAACAUAAUUUAUGAGACCAGCUCCUUGUCCUGACAUAAGUGCAAAGGAAAGAAACAACCAAAAUGUGCUGGUAAAUGCAUGAACUUUUUUCUGAACCUGUAUAGUCUACAUCAGUAUUGCUGAUCAUGUUUUACUCAUCUUCGCUUUUUUUUUUUUCUUGUGCAUCUGAAGAACGGUAGAAAAUGUGAUUGUUUUAUGGAUGUAAAACCCUGAAAUUGUAAUUAAACUGUGUAAAUGUA